AUGAAUUUCUUGUGGCUGGUAACUGUGCACCAUACCUGGAAGGCUGUCCUAUUCUCUGUAAUCUACCUCAUGGUGCAUAUGUGGAUCUCCUGCGCAGCAUACUCUGGGCCUCAAAGUUGCCCAUCUGUCUGUUCCUGCAGUAACCAAUUCAGCAAGGUCGUAUGCACACGCCGUGGCCUCUCUGAAGUACCCCAAGGUAUACCAUCAAACACACGGUCACUCAAUCUCAUGGAGAACAACAUACUGAUGAUUCAGGCUGACACUUUCCGUCACCUUCAUCAUUUGGAAGUGCUACAACUUGGCAGGAACUCUAUACGUCAGAUAGAGGUUGGGGCUUUUAAUGGAUUGGCCAGCCUUAACACUCUGGAAUUGUUUGACAACUGGUUGACUGUAAUUCCCAGUGGAGCUUUUGAGUAUCUUUCCAAAUUGAGAGAAUUAUGGCUCAGGAAUAAUCCUAUUGAAAGUAUUCCAUCUUAUGCCUUCAAUCGGGUACCAUCUUUGAUGCGCCUGGACCUUGGAGAGUUAAAAAAACUGGAAUAUAUUUCUGAGGGGGCUUUUGAAGGAUUGUAUAAUCUGAAGUACCUUAACCUUGGGAUGUGUAAUAUCAGAGACAUGCCAAACCUUACACCCCUGGUGGGACUAGAGGAACUAGAAAUUUCUGGGAACAACUUUCCUGAAAUAAAACCGGGAUCUUUUCAUAGUUUGAGAUCACUAAAAAAAUUGUGGAUUAUGAACUCGCAGAUCAACACCAUACAGCGUAAUGCUUUUGAUGAUUUGAUGUCCUUGGUUGAAUUGAAUUUGGCUCACAACAAUGUGACCUCCCUGCCACAUGACCUUUUUACCCCUCUAAAAUAUUUAGUGGAAUUACACUUGCACCACAAUCCAUGGGACUGCGACUGUGAUGUUCUUUGGUUUUCCUGGUGGCUGAGAGAGUAUAUUCCCACCAAUUCCACAUGCUGUGGUCGUUGCCAUUCCCCGCCGCACAUGAGGGGGAAGUAUGUGGUGGAGGUGGACCAAUCAAUGUUUCAGUGCUCAGCCCCUUUUAUAAUGGAUGCUCCUAGGGAUUUAAACAUCUCUGAAGGGAGAAUGGCGGAGCUCAAGUGUAGAACUUCUGCCAUGUCCUCUGUUAGGUGGCUACUGCCUAAUGGAACUGUGUUGACUCACGCUUCCAAUCAUCCACGAAUCAACAUCCUCAACGAUGGGACGUUAAACUUCUCACAGGUCCUGCUCACGGACACUGGUGUCUACACAUGCAUGGUAACAAAUGUGGCGGGAAACUCUAAUGCUUCAGCUUAUCUCAAUGUCAGCACGGCAGAGCUUAACACUUCCAACUAUAGUUUCUUCACAACUGUCACUGUGGAGACAACAGAGGUGGCUCCUGAAGACAUCUCUGUGAUAUUCAAGCCGGUGCCAACCAUGUCUACAGGGUACCAGCCUGCAUAUACAACUACCACCACUGUAUUAAUUCAGACCACUAAAAUGCCCAAGCAGGUGGCAGUACCAACUUUAGAUGCUGGAGACAAAAUGCAAACUAGCCUUGAUGAGGUGAUGAAGACCACCAAAAUCAUCAUUGGUUGCUUUGUGGCAGUCACACUGUUAGCAGCCGCUAUGCUUAUUGUGUUCUACAAACUACGCAAGCGGCACCAGCGAAGGAGCACUGUGGCCGCUGCACGGACUGUUGAGAUAAUCCAAGUGGAUGAGGACAUCCCCAGUGGGAGUCCCACAGGAGUAUCAGGUGAGGGGGCAGUUGUAAUGCCCACCAUUCACAAUCAUAUGAACUACAACACCUACAAGCCAGCACACCAUGGGGCCCGUUGGACGGCUAACAGUAUUGGUAAUUCUCUACACUCCACAAUUACUACCAUAUCUGAACCUUAUAUAAUUCAGACCCACACAAAAGAGAAGGUACAGGAAACUCAAAUAUGACUUUUUUUCAAAUUAUAAUGCAAUAGAAUGCACAAAAAGACAGUAACUUUUGUACAGAAAGAGAAAGAGACUUUUUUGUUUUCUUGUAAAUGCUUAUAUAUUAA